AUUAAAAGACAUACACACAAUGAAAAUUCCUUUAAGUUUACUUAUUUUCUUUUUACUUGUAACCAAGAGUUACCAAAAAAACCCAUGGGAUGGCUUUGGUUUGGCACUCAUAUGGCCCCCAGGCUAUUGUGCUUCCAUUGGUGACCGUUGCGAAGAGAGUAAGGUGAAAUCUGAUUUCACCAUCCAUGGUCUAUGGCCAUUUGCCAACUCCGGAGCAAAGCUUCGGCCUGGACGAAAUUCAAAAACAUAUCAGCCAAUUCCAAAGAAUUCUCCGCUCUUCAAUCCACUCACUGCAAAUUGGCCUAGUAUUGAAAAAAACAAACCUGAUGAUGGUUUUUGGGCACACGAGUGGAAUGACCAUGGCAGGGCUUCCUUUACCCUCUUCAAUCAACCUCAAUACUUCACUAAAGCAUUGGAUCUGUUGCACAGGAACAAUAUCACGCGUGUUUUACAAAAUGGUGGAAUUGCUCGUGGUCGCCAGUACAGGGAUACCCAGAUUCUUGACGCAAUCCGUCGUGCUUUAAAUGUGAAUGUCAAAAUUCAAUGCAAAGAAAAGUACCUCGUCGAGGUUAGAAUCUGCUUUGAUCAAGCUGCAAAAGCCAUGAUCAACUGUAACACCAAAGGCAUCACAGGACAAUGCCCAAAAAGUUUUACCUUCAAAUCUUUGCCAGCUUACAGGGUUUUGAAUGUUUGGGAUUUUGGAAAAUAAUAAAUAAAUGUUGGAUGGGUUACUAGUUGAUAUUGUUAGGGAGGAUUUGAUGAAUGUAUAUAGUUUGCUUUAACGUACACGGUACAAAAUAACAUCAUAUAUGCAUCAUAUCCUCUCUAACAAAUUAACUAGUAACCCAUCCAACAUUUAUUUAUUAUUUUCUAAAAUCCCAA